AAAUAAAGUCUUUUUGCAAACAACAAAAUCUAGUUCUCAAAAAGAAAAAGUUCUCUCUUUUACUGAAGAAGUGAUCGAGAGAUUUGAUCCAACAAUGGCGGAUAUAAUCUCAAAUCCGACUAUGGAACAACUGUUCUUCUCUGUAGAUCCGAUGUCUCUAAUACUCUCUCAAAACUCCGACACACAUCAGCUUAAACUCUUGUUAGAUGGUUUCUCCGGAUUCGAAAGAGGUCCAAGAUACGAUGAAUACUCGAGAUUACGCGAAUCAAAGCUUCGUAUGAAACGUGAUUUUCAGAAAUUCCUCGAGGAAGAAGACGAAGAAGAGCCGAGGAUCAAAAAACAAGUGAGGUUUGAGGGUAAUUCUGUAAUUUCACUAGAAGAUAAGUUCUCGCCGGAGAAGAAGAAACAGAGUCGAUUUGAGGGUAAUUCAGUAAUUUCACCUGAAGAUAAGUUUACGCCGGAGAAGAAGAAACAGAGUCGAUUUGGGUUUUCUCCGAUGAGAAAAGCUGUUCCGUCUUCGUUAGCUCAAUCUGUUCCUGAUUUCUCCGCUGUGAUACGUAAAGAGAAUCGUCGUCCGGUUAAUUACAACACUACUACUCCGCCUCCGCCGAGAAACGGCGGCGUUUUGACGGGAUCGGCAUCGAGAGGGAGCAAGUCGGCGAGUGCUGGAGAGAAGAAGAGUAAAGGAAUGAUGAUGAUGGGAAUGGCGCGUAAGAGUUACGCUAAUGUUGAAGAUCUUAAGAAGAUUUCAAUGGCGGCUGCUUCUGCUAUUAAUGGUGGUGGCGGCGGAGGAGGAGGGAGAAAAGUUGGUGAAGGUGGUGGUGGUCGUCGGACUAUUCUUGGGUACAGACAAAUUUACUGAUUUGAUCUCAAAAGCUUUGAUUUUUACACGGUUUUUUUUUUGUUCCUUUAUUUGUUGGUUUUUGAUUGAUGAGAAGCAAUUCUUGGAUUUGAUUGAUGAUUUGGGUUUUUUUUGUAGCUUUUUUUGAUGUGUUGGUGAUUUGAUUGGUUUGUAAAAAAUAAAGCAUAAAUUCUUCA